AUGAAUAACGCAAUCGAGGGCUCGACGGGCAUGACACCCGAUACAAUAAUGACCCAGAGCAAUGAUUACGGAAAUGACACUUGGAGCAUCAGCCCCUACAGUCAGAGUCCUUAUAACAACAGUCCAAUGACCGAGUAUGGAAACUGGGGUGGGUUUAUUCCUCAAAAUCUACAAGCUGAGCCGAUGGCGUCCAGAAUGCCUCCGCCCCAUGCGCAACCUCAAAUCCAUCACCAGAUGAUACAGCCAGCCCCUACCCCAAUGGCCCAUCAUCAACUGCCGAUGCUAAACACGACAUGGCCGAGCCAGUUAACAAAUCCCUCCCCAACGGGAAGUUACUCCGCGCCCCCUUUAUCCAUGGCUCCGGUCUCGAAUCCUCAGCAAGUCGAGGCUCCUCGGCCCCAGCCUGCAGCUCCGCCACCUCCACCUCAGGAGAAAGCACGAAGAACGUUGAGCACAGAGCAAAAGCGUGCGAUGUGCCUAUACUAUGAAGAAAAUCCGUCAGCAAAGCAAGCAGAGAUUGGUGCUCGCUUUGGUGUCGAGAGAAGCACGGUUUCGAAAGUAUUGCGGCAAAAGGAGCACUAUCUCAAGCGCGAGCAAGAACAGGAGCCCUCCUCGACAAAGAGAGGCAAGGGUAAGCAUCCUGAUUUCGACCGAACACUCAGCAAUUAUGUUCGGAGACAGCAGGAAGGCGGUUUCGAGAUCAAGGACGAGGAGAUAAUGGACCAGGCGAAACUGUUCGCCCGCGCAAGCGGUCAUCAAGACAGUCUCGUGUCAAGUCUGACUAGCAGCUGGCUGCAAAAGUUCAAGCAAAAGCAUGGAAUUACAUCUGGUCGACUUAUGAGACGUGCAUCAGAGACGAACAUCCCGGACAGUGCCCGAAUGUCAACAUCGAGAACCAAGAAAAAGAAGGAGAAAUCAGACAUCAUUUCUCCAACUUCACCGUCAGGGCAGAAGUCGCCGCUCUCGGAUGGCCGCAGCGAUGAGGACCAGCAACACGACGGCUUCGACUUUAGCGCUUUCUCAUAUCGCCAAGCUGCCUCCCAGUCCGCCACGUCACUGUCCAGCAACUUGCGCGAUGCGGGCAAUAACUCAUCCUUCUCAAGCAGUGCGAUGAGCCCUACUGGAACCGUCACCUUUUCUCCCGACCCCAAUACCGGUGCUUUCGCCGUGGACCAAACCUUACAAAGUCAAAUGGCGGAUAUUAGGACAUCCAGCAUCACACCUUCUUCAGAUCUCCAGCCGCGAGAGAAGCGUAGCAACACAUUCCCGUCUCUCAACCUCGAUCUCGUUAAUCAGGUGGUUUCCUCAGAGCCGAUGACACCACACCACCAAAUCCCAUCGACCGCACCGUCCUCGGCUAUCGAAUCGCCUGUUCACGAUUUCAACUCGGCUCCCUUUGGCAUCGACAGUACACUAACUUCUCCUCCACAACUUCACCGAAGUAGCAGCAAUUCGAGCAUGACGGGGCGCUCUACACCCGUCACAAAUGGGACGAUGCCAGCGGCAUCCAUAGACUCGUCGCCAGUCUCGCCCUCCCAGGAAGAUGCAUGCCGCGCGGCAACCACACUGCUCAGCUACAUCCAAAGCAGCAUGAAGACGAAUGGUCAAUUCGAGCACUCCGAGCUGAUGACGCUGGUGCAGCUGACCAAUAAACUGCAGGUUCAUCAGUACCAGUCUCUCCGACCAGCUAUGGGGGGCCUUUCCAGAAUCCCCGAGGGUGACAGCGAGGUGCCUGCAGCAACUGAAGUAAUGAUGGAAACCAUGUGA